AUGCAACAACCACCUAUUCAGCAACAGCAACAACAAACCAGUUCACCUACAGAAUUCUUGAAUAAUGUAAUUGGAAGACCAGUACUUGUGAAAUUGAAUUCUGGUGUUGACUACCGAGGUAUUCUUUCUUGUCUCGAUGGGUAUAUGAACAUUGCAUUAGAACAGACUGAAGAAUACGUCAAUGGACAGCUCAAAAAUAGAUAUGGGGAUGCCUUUAUUCGAGGGAAUAAUGUUUUAUACAUCAGCGCGACUAAACUUCGAGAAUAG